AACGGGCUAGGGUUAGACAAAGUGGCUAAUAUAGCUCCGAUGGCGAAACUGUUUUCCUCUAUGGAGAGGACGCGAGUUCGAUUCCAGCCGUUCCAAUUUUUGCCAUUUUUCCCCCGCCGUCGAUCGUCUCUUUCGUCUUCCGACUGAAUUUUGGCUAGCCAUGGAUCACGACGACCCUCCGGCCAAUCGCAGGAAGCUGAAGUUCGCCCCCAAGUCCGCUUCCCAGAGGAAGCCCCGCCUCGCCGCCCCCAAACCCAAGACAAGCGACGAUGGCAGCAACGAAGACGAAGCUGCGAAAGCUCAGAAGCUGAUGACCAGAUUCAACGAGAAUCUCAAAAGACAGGCUACUAGAGCUGACAAGAAAGCUGCUCCAGUUGAAGUGGCAUUUGGUUCUGGAGCCUCACCGUCGCUAUCGAUUAGGAAAUUUGGUUACCCUAAGGCGGAGGCUAGCCAUGUCAAGGCAUCAGCAGCGGGGUGGGAUUCGGAUCCUGAUGCUAUGCAAAUCGAUGGUAAGGAUGAAGGAGCAGGUCACGGUGCUAUUGAUCUUAAUCGGCAACGAACCAGGAAGAAAUAUAAAGAGCCAUUUGACUAUGAGAGUUACUAUCCUAUUACCCUUCCCCUGAGGCAGCCUUUCUCUGGUGACCCUGAUGUUCUGAACGAGGAAGAGUUUGGGAAGGAUGCAAUGAACGAGGAGUAUGAUGAGAACUUCAUCAAACAUGCUUCAGAACUUGGUUUGUUGGAGAAAUCUGAUGAAGCAAAGAUGCUUCUCUUCAAGUUCCCUCCCAAGAUGCCCUACAUUAACCGGUCAAUUAUCAGCGCAAAAGGGAAAGAAAAGGUUGGAAGCAGCAGCAGCUCGAUCCAAUCACAGUGCUCCAACUGUCUAUCGCAGCUGCCUGAGGGAUACAUGGGCAAAAUGGUGGUCUACAAGAGUGGAGCUGUCAAGUUGAAGAUAGGAGACGUUCUGUAUGAUGUUGCCCAAGGGUCAGAUUGCACAUUCCAUCAGCAAGUCAUGGCUGUCAACACGGAGGCAAAACAGUGUAGUGAAGUUGGGGAGAUUGAAAAACAUGCUGUCGUGUCUUUCGACGUUGAUUCUAUUUUGGAUUCUGUGAUUAACUUAGAUUAGAUCGAGUUUGUCAGAGUUGUUUGUAAAGUCAGCAAAGUUUGGGCAGAGUAUUAUUGGUGAUAACAAAUGUAAGACAGCCCAACAUUAGACUAGUGUGCCAGAAGAACACUAGCAAGCAGCCAAAACUGCUCAGAACACUUCGUUUUCCUUUGGAUCUUCUGGGAAUAGCAGGCCUGAUGAGCUUCAGACACCACUUUCAGCUCUCAAUAACAAGGUACCGACCAUCCAGAUUAGAGAUUUUUUUCCAGAAAUAACACUGUUUU